AUGAAUACAGACGGUGGACGUUUUGAUUUUAAUGAUGGUGGUACAUAUAUUGGUAAUUGGUAUCAAGGUUCAGCUCAUGGACUUGGUUUAGCUACAGGACCAAAUGGUGUUGGUGAAUAUUCCGGUGAAUGGAAUUUAGGUUUUGAAACAUGUGGUGUAUAUUUAUGGCCAAAUGGAAAUAUGUACGCUGGUACAUGGAUUAAAGGAAAACGUCAUGGUGAUGGUAUUCAAGUGAGAGGAAAAUGGAUUUAUCAAGGUGAAUUUAAUUCAGGUGCUUUUGGUCAAUAUGGAGUUAAAACAUCAAUAAAUAGUCGAGCAAAAUAUGAAGGUAGUUGGAAUGUAAAUCGAUUUGAAGGUUUUGGAAUUGAAACAUGUGCUGAUGGAAGUAUAUAUGCUGGUGCUUGGUCGAAAGGAUUUCGUCAUGGUUUAGGUGUUCGUAAAUCAUUUAUUAGUUAUAAAACUAAUACAUUAUCAGAUAAUUUACCGAAUACUACUAUAAACACUGAAACAAUAACUACUACUACUACUCCUGUUACCACCACCACCACCACAACAACAAGAACAAAGAUACCAAUUACAAAAACAGAAUAUCUAAAUGAAUUAGAUCAAAUGAAAAACAUUCAUAUCAUUAAUCAAUCUCUUAAAUCUAAUGAUAAACAUCAUAGUUCUAAUAUAAAUUUACCAUUAAAAGAAACUCUAUCCGUAAGUCGUAAAGCUGUAAUUGGUAGAGCAAUUAUGCGUCGAUUAAAAAAACAACAUUCAGCUAUUGAAUUAGGUCGUUCAAUAAAUUGUACUAAUGCUACUCCUACCACUACUACUACUAAUACUACUGAUAACAAUACUACUCCUACCACUACUACUACUAAUACUACUAAUAGCAAUACUACUCCUACCACUACUACUACUACUAAUAACAAUACUACUACUACUAGUACUACUAUUAAUAAUCCAUUAGGUAAUCUAAAUGAUACACACGGAAAUAAUACAGCAAAUAAAGAAAAAAUACAAAAAAAUAUUGAUUAUAUUAUUAAUUUUCAAUCAAGUAAUAAUAAUAAUAAUAAUAAUAAUAAUAAUAAUGAUAAUCAAUACAUUAGUGUAAUAGAAAUAUAUUCUGGUGAAUGGUUUCAAGAUCAACGUUCAGGUUAUGGUAUAUCAGAACGUUCCAAUGGUUUAAUAUAUAUUGGUGAAUGGAUACGUAAUCAAAAACAUGGUUAUGGUAUAUUGAUUAAUCCAAAUGGUACACGUGAUGAAGGACAAUUUCAAGCCAAUAAUUUAAUUAAUAAAAUUAAUCGUAAAAAUAAAUUACAUUUAGUACGUCAAACAAAAUUAAAAGAAUGUGUUGAAUAUGCAUUAAUACGUGCUGAAACUGCAGCAAAACAAGCUAAAUUAAUAGCAUUAGAAGAAGCAAAAGAAAAUGCAUUGAAAGCACGUAAAGCAGCUGAUUUAGCCAUGUCUAUGAUACAAAAAGCAUUGCAUUUAUCUAAUCAAGCAAGAGAAUUAGCAUUUCAAUUAGAACCGAAAUUUCAUCAACCAGGAAUUGAAUGGAGAAAAAGGUGUCAAUAUGAAAUCAAUAUUCAUAAUCCUCUCAAUGAAAUAAAAUCUUCAAGAUUAUAUUUAUCCAAUAGUUCUAUGGAUCAUUUAUCAACUUCUUCAAAUUUACCAAUGAAUCAAUCUUAUUCAUCUUCCCCAACAUUAAAAAUAGAAGAUAUGACAUCCCAUUUAGUGAAUAGUCCAACAAAUCAACCCUUUAUUCAUGAUCGUUUACAACGACAAUAUCCACAACAAUUACAAUCAUAUCAAAUGAUUAAACCUUCUACACAUUCAUUAACCAAUAUACAAGAGUUAAAACAACAACAACAACGACAACAACAACAUUCACAAAAAAGACGUAAAUUCUUUCGAAAAUUCUUAUCACGUGACUCUACACCAAAUUCAAUGGAUCAUGUAGAUGAAACAUCUAUGGAUAUAUUUGAAUGUUUUGCAAAUUUGAAUAAUCCACAUUUACAUCGAUCUGCAAAACAACCGAUAACAAAGAGUAAUGAAUUACUGAAUAUUAUAGUGUCACCACCACCAUCAUCAUCAUUAACGACGACAACAACAACCGGAACAACAACAACGAUAACAAUAACUGAUGAAUUUAUUCGUCCAUUUUCUGCACCUCAUAAAACAUUCAUGAAUGAAACAUCAUUAAAUGUUAAAGGUAUCACACAAAGUUAUUCCCCUAGUGAUAGAACAAUAUCACCAUUAAAAGAAGUUUCUAAUGAAGAUGUAGAACAAAAAACUAUACCAAUAGAAAGAAAUAAUGAAAUGUUAACAAAACAAAUGAGUUCAUCCACUGGUGAUAUUAUAGAUAUAUGUAAAACAUCAAUAGAUCCUUAUAUGAAUAAUAUGGUUAAUAUAUCAUCACAUCGACAGCAGUAUCAACAGUCUUUGAAUCAUUUAACUUCUUAUACAAAAUCGUAUACUUCUGAAGGAUAUACUUUAUUUCUUAAUCAACAUAUUAAAAAAACAUCAUCUUCAAUCCAUUUAUCCCCUACUCUACCUAAUCAUACUUCUAUUUUAUUAACUCAUAUAUCAAAACCUAGUUUAUUAUCGAAUGAAUUCAUGAAUAAACAAAAUAAUCAUGAAAUAUCAUCCGUUAAUCAAUUACAAUCAAAUUUAAAACAACAACAAAUCGAAGAAGAAGAAGAAGAACACGAUGACGAUGACGACAGCGACGACGGAAACGAAAAGAAAAAAGAAAAAGAAAAAAAAGUACAAUCAAUACAAACCUGUAAAUUAUCACAAUCAGUUAGUUCAUCAAAUCAAAUCAAUCAUAAUAAAAUGAAUAUUCAAUCAAAUUCAUCACAUCCACCUAAAUUAAGUAUGAAUUCAACACAAGAUUCUGGUUAUUUAUCCAUAGAUCCAAAUGAAACUUAUUCUAUUCACCCAUUGAAUCAUUCAUCAGAAGUUAUCAAACAAGAAUCAUCUAUGAAUGAGAACAAACCAACAACAAUUUUAUAUAAACCUACAUUACAAUCAAUCAUUAUGAGAUCAGAUGAAAUGGAUUUAAAUCAAGGAUCAAAUUCCAAAAAAUGUAUCACUCAAUCAUCUAAUUAUUAUUUAACAAAUUUAUCACCAAAAGCUAAAAAAUUAAAAAUUCAAAUAAAUAAUGAAGAAAUACCGCAGUUCAAUAAACGACAAAUAAUAAUAGCACGACGUAAAUUAUCAACAAGUCCUAAACGAUCUAAUCGAUCAUAUAGGUGA